AAUCAGAUUUGGAUUUGACUGUUGAAGAAAAUUUUAAUUUAAAAACUGGUAUUACUAAAGAGUUUUCUGAUUUGGAUAUCGACGAAUAUAGCGAUGCAUGGUUUAAUGAAGAUUCAAAUUUGAAUACUAGUGAUACAAAUGAAGACUUAGAAGAAGUAGCUUUUUUUACAAAAAAGUUAUGCGCAAAUCAAAUUAUUCAUAAAUACCCCACAACAUCUGAAGAUAGUGUUGUGAUGAUCUUUAAUGUUGAUGGUUGGGAUAACUAUAUGGAUGCAUUUAAUAAUGUUCAAUAUUCAAUUAAUGGUAGUGGUGGCACUACUAUUAUUCAGAAUUGUCCUUUUUUUGGAAAUAUUUCUGUUAAAAAAGAUAAACAAAGAUGUCAAGGCAUUAAAUAUUGUGAAUUUAGUGAUCCUACCUACCUUAAUAUUGUUCAUAAGAGUGUUGAUGUUGAGUCAGAUUUUUAUCGUAAGAUAACUGCAGAUUAG